CUUCCGUCAAGGAUGCGCGAAACCCUCUAAGGGAUUUCCCUUUAUUUGAUAUCCUUGUUUAUUUCUUUGACAGAGAAAAACAUUAACAACAGACCAGAAACACAGCGCCAGUCAUGUCAGAGACAUACGAUUUCCUGUUUAAAUUUCUUGUGAUUGGGAAUGCUGGAACUGGAAAAUCAUGUCUGCUGCACCAGUUUAUAGAAAAAAGAUUCAAAGAUGACUCGAAUCACACUAUUGGAGUUGAAUUUGGCUCAAAGAUUAUCAGUGUGGUCAACAAAUUUGUCAAACUCCAAAUCUGGGACACAGCAGGACAGGAACGUUUCAGGUCUGUAACACGCAGCUACUACAGAGGGGCAGCAGGGGCUCUUCUUGUUUAUGACAUCACCAGUCGAGAAACAUACAAUGCUCUGACCAACUGGCUGACAGAUGCCAGGAUGCUGGCCAGCCAGAAUAUAGUGAUCAUACUGUGUGGAAAUAAGAAAGAUCUGGAUGCUGAUCGUGAAGUCACAUUUCUGGAGGCCUCACGAUUUGCUCAAGAAAAUGAGCUCAUGUUCUUGGAGACCAGUGCACUAACAGGGGAGAAUGUGGAAGAAGCUUUUGUCCAGUGUGCUCGGAAAAUCCUAAACAAAAUAGAAUCAGGAGAGCUGGAUCCAGAGCGUAUGGGUUCAGGAAUCCAGUAUGGAGAUGCUGCGUUGCGGCAGCUGCGUUCUCCCAGACGGGCUCAGGCAGAGAGCGUGCAGGAGUGUGGCUGUUAGCACACAUCCCCAGACAGAUGACCAACCAGGUUUCGUGAACACAAGGAAGAUAUCAUUGAGGACCGUGAUGUAAGGCUCGUCGUGGUGGAGCGACUGUUUCCCUCAACUUACUUUUACUUCUGUUCAGACACGCCGGGGGGUCCCCCUGCACUUCAGAAGGCUCCGGAAAAUGUUUACUGUUCCAUCUGGCUCACGCAAAGACAUCUUUGGUACCCCAAAACCUGGAGGGUAGUUAAAAGAACCCGGCCCUUGCCCCUGAGAUUACUGCACUGAGACCCUGCCCCAUCUUUCCCUCUUACCUCUAUGUAGAUCUUGUGUAGAGAUGAGAAUAUAUUAUCGCUAUGGAGCAUGUUUCCUGGUUGCAGUACUGCAUUAUCAUAAAUUACUAAACACAGCAUAUAUAUAAAUAUAGCUUAGGCAUAGCGCAUCGAUGCUCUUUCAGCGUGCAGCUGUAAAUCUUAUAAUUGAAAUUGUAUUAUGUGCAUUAUUCUGCAAACAUAUCAUUUGCUUUUCUUUAGCGUCAUUUUAUUUUUCACUUUGUUUUAUGACAAAAAAAGUGGUUAUUGACAUCUGUGUAAAGAAAUCUUUGUUCUAGUGUUAUGUAUUUGUUUUGUGCGCAAAACAAUUCAAAAUGCAAAAUGUAAGGGCCACCGCACACUUACCAUCAUAACAUGCUGUAAGCAGUUGUCAGUAUCAACAGCUUUAAAGUGACAGUGUUACAGUGCUAAGUAUUUAUUGUAAAGCAUUUUUAGUGCUGAAGUCGAAUUCUUAGGAUGUUUGUUGGAAUAACACUAAUGUUGUGUUUAAAGCAAUUCCUUCUUUUCAAAA